AUGCCACCGUCGUUGCCACAUCGAACGAAUUGGUUAGACUAUGACGUUGAUACACCAUUGACUGCGAAAGGUUUAUCUCAAUCAUGGAAUGUGGGCAGUGUUCUUCAUAGAUACAAUUUACCGGUAACAGCUUGUUAUUCUUCACCAGCUUUUCGUAGUAUUCAAACAGCCGAUCGCAUACUGGAAGGCAUGGGUCGAAAAGGACAUGUGGCAUUACGGCUCGAACUUGGUCUCUUUGAAUGUACAUCUUGGUAUGCACGAUCACCGAUUAAUUUUAUGCCCGAUUCGGAGUUAAUCAACGGCGGUUACAAUAUCGAUACACGUUAUCGUUCACAAAUGAGCGAUCUUCGAUUGUUAGAAAAUGAAUAUCAGUAUUAUGAUCGAUCAAAAGAAACAAUGAAGAAGAUUAUCAAACUACAUCGAAAAACAGGUGGAACUGUUUUACUUGUUGCACACGCGCCUAGUCUUGAAGUACUCACACGUCAUUUAAUGAAUGGACAACCGAGACCUGAACGUUUAGCCGAACUUGCAGGUAAAGUGGACUUUUGCAGUAUGACUGUUGUGGAAAGAGAAUCGACGGCAAAGCCAUGGCAAUUUCGAUAUUCACUUGACGAACAAGCUAACCAAGGCAUCUGGCAACAACAGUUACAAUUACAACAUUCAAAUAGUGCUGUGAUCGCGCCGAAAAAUCAAAGCUCGACACCAGCAGUAUCAACAGCAGCACCAGCACCGGCACCGGCGACACCAUCCAUCUACCAGCCACCAGUUACAUUUACGAAUUACUUAGCAAAACCAGCCAAUUCAGCUCAGCAGUUUUAUCUUUAUCCACAACAAGAAGCUUUUCCACCUUAUUUUGUUUUAUAA